AUGGAAGAGCUGAAGGGAAAGAACAGGAUACAAGAGACCGACAUCGUGGAGCUGAACUACCUCAAGUCGAUCGUUAAGGAGACACUAAGGCUUCACCCACCUAUCAGCCUGAUACUAAGAAUGUGUAGGAAGACGUGUGAGGUGCUCGGCUACGAGAUAGAAGCCGGCACUCCAGUCUUGGUCAAUUCAUGGGCAAUCAACAGAGAUCCAGAGUACUGGGAAGAGGCCGAGAGCUUCAUGCCGGAGAGGUUCGAAGGCAAAUCCGUUGAUUUCAAAGGAGGUAACCUCGAGUACUUGCCGUUCGGUGCUGGAAGACGGAAAUGCCCUGGAACGGAGUUUGGGCUCGCCACCGUACACCUAUCCUUGGCGCAGCUCCUCCUCUACUUCGACUGGAAACUGCCGGAUGGCAAGAAACCAGAGGAGUUGGACAUGAGCGAGACCUACGGAGUUACUGUAACAAGGAAAACUGAGCUGAAGCUGUUAGCAACUCCUCGUAUUCCUAUCCCUUCUACUGUUUAA